CACACUCUUCAGAUAUCUCUCUAUUUAAAGUUCAAAGACACGCUGGAUGACAACAACGAAGAGGUGAGCGUGGCCCUGACCAACCCACCCAGCAACAGGAAGAAUGGCUGAAAAAGAGUCUACAUCACCCCGCCUUCUGGUCCCUAUUCUUCUCUUGAUUGGCUGGAUUGUGGGCUGUAUCGUAAUGGUUUACGUUGUCUUCUCUUAGAAAGGCAAGAAGACUUCAGAGUGACAGCAUUUAGAAGAAUUAAGAAAAGCAUGAACAUGACAGAUUAUUAAACGUUUCUCAUGUAAAUAAC